AUGGCGCUUCCCUUCUCUCGUCGCUGGACUCUCUUCCUCACCCUCACUGUUAUUUUUCUCCUCUUCCUUUAUCAAGUCCACAUAUACCGCCCUUCUCGGCAACCACCGACACCAAUAAAGCCCUACAAACCGGCGCCCCAGUCCACCGACGGCAGUUUCCAUUGGGAGAAUCGUGUCACGCAUUAUCCCCUCGAGAGUCUGACUCCUCUGCCAACCGAGAGGCCAAAGACGCUCCCCCGUGUUCAGCAUGAGUUCAGUACCGAAUUGGGGCCAGAUCGCGAACUUCGCCUACAGAGACGUCAAGACGUUAAAGAUGCGUUUACACGGUGUUGGCAAUCAUACCGAGUAAAAGCAUGGAUGCUUGAUGAGCUCUCACCCAUAUCUGGGGCUGGACGGAACAGUUUUGGUGGUUGGGCUGCCACCCUGGUGGAUUCGCUCGACACUUUAUGGAUCAUGGAUCUCAGGGAUGAGUUCCAUGAAGCCACACAUUCCUCUAUGGUCCUCAACUUUUCUACAUCGACGGACAACACCGUCAACAUAUUUGAAACAACUAUUCGAUACCUUGGUGGUUUCCUAGCAGCACAUGAUCUGAGUGGAGAUGCUGGCCUACUACACAAGGCUGUCGAAGUCGGCGAGAUGCUGUUAGUGGCAUUUGACACCCCCAACCACAUGCCAAUAACAAGGUGGGAAUGGCAAAAGGCAGCAAAUGGCGAGAGACAGACAGCUCCAGACUGGAUGCUGGUCUCUGAACUAGGAUCUUUGUCGGUUGAGUUUACCCGACUCAGCCAACUGACCGGAGAUCACAGGUGGUACGAUGCAAUCCAAAGAAUAACCAGCCUCUUUGAUGAGCAACAGCAAAAGACCAAAAUACCGGGUCUCUGGCCCGUGGUUGUGAAUCCACGGGACCAAGACUUGACUGCAGACACCACGUUCACGCUGGGGGGUAUGUCUGACUCUCUAUACGAGUACUUUCCGAAAGAAUACGCCUUGCUUGGAGGCGUGGAGCCCACCUAUCAAAAGCUGUACGAGCAGUCUGUGUCGGCCGCGAUUAAGCACCUCUUCUUCCGGCCAAUGGUACCACUUGAUGAAGACAUUCUCAUGUCAGGCGAUGCUCGAGCUAACAACGAGGGCUCGUCCGUCGUCGUGGAGCCUCGUGCUCAACAUCUGACUUGUUUUGCUGGAGGGAUGCUGGCCUUGGGAGGACGUCUAUUCUCGAAUGAGGAGCAUGUUUCUCUAGGGCAGAAGAUUACCAAAGGGUGCAUCUGGGCUUACGAAAACAUGCCUGCGGGGGUGAUGCCGGAAAUCGCCCAUCUCGUGCCCUGUCAGUCCAAGCAAAACUGCACAUGGAGCACUGAUCUAUGGACAGCGGCAGUUAUGGAAAGGACUGGCGAUGUCCCAUCCAACAAGAAUGCAGAUGAGAUCAUUGUUCAGAAAAGGGUUCCUCCAGGGUAUACCGAUAUCGAUGAUCGACGCUACAUUCUGCGUCCCGAGGCGAUUGAGAGUGUCUUCAUCUUGUAUCGAGUCACGGGAGACAAUGCCUAUCGUGAGGCAGCAUGGAAGAUGUUCACGGCCAUCCAAAACAUCACACAAACGGAAUAUGGCAACGCGGCCAUUUCCGACAUUACCGCGAUCGGGGCUGACGGCCUCCCUCCCAAAGAUGAUCGCAUGGAGAGUUUCUGGUUGGCUGAAACACUGAAGUAUUUCUACUUGAUUUUCAGCGAUCCCGAGCUCGUCAGUCUUGAUGAGUACGUUCUGAACACAGAGGCACACCCGUUGAGAAGACCGUUCUGA